GCGGCGAGCGAGCUGCUGGUAAAGCCGAGGGGUGGUCACCCCCAACCCCGAUUCAGCCCGGCUCGCCGCGAAAUUUCGGAAGAUGCGUGCCAUCGGCGGACCGUCCGAUCCGUCAGAAGAACGAGGCGCUCGGGCCCCGACGGGAACGUCGCAGGACGUCGUCCAAGUGCGCGCGCGGACAGCCACUUUUUUUUAAUUUUUUUCCACCCUCUCGAGUGAAGCCUGCUGGUGCACCUGCUGGAUAGGACAGGAAGCGGGAUAUGAGCUACACCGAACCGCUGUGGGAGAUCAAUGGGAAUCAAGCACCAGUAAUCGCGGCGGAGAUGUCGCAGUACGUCGGCGGUGAGAUCGGCAGCUACCCGAUGUGGGACGGUUCCGUUUUGUACCAGGCACAGCCGCCUACUCAUCCGCACGUGAACGAGCACGGAUUGUAUCGGCAACCCUGCGCGUUGUUGCACCAGAGUCGUUACACGCCGAACGGUCGCUCGCCGAACCUGCCGUCGUCGACGACGAAGAAGCCGAGGCGUCGAGUGGCGACGGUGUCCCAGAGGAGAGCCGCGAAUAUCCGGGAGAGGCGCAGGAUGUUCAAUCUGAACGAAGCCUUCGAUAAACUGCGCAGAAAGGUGCCCACGUUUGCUUACGAGAAGCGGCUGUCGAGAAUUGAGACGCUGCGCUUGGCAAUCACGUACAUCGCUUUCAUGGGCGAGUUGCUUGGCAUUGAGCCGGGCAGCCCGAAACAGGAGUACAUACCGCGAGAGUACUACCUGCCGAAUUAAAUCUCCCUCUUCUACGUUCUCUUCAACUACGACGAGUCAAGCGACGCCGAGGCUCGACGUGGACGCGCGACUAGAUCGCACGUGCUGUCUUCUUCAACGGAAUGGGCACGCCUUGUCAGUCACGUUUCCGAUCCGGCGAAACUGAUGAUCAAUAAAAGUCUUCCAUUAUUGAUUAGUAUCGUUAGUGGUUAAGUGACGAAGCGCAAUUUUUAACGCAUGUUCGUAUGUGAUACUCGUUCUUCCGUAACGCUACUGGAUCCUCCCAUCGAGCGCGGUCGUAGAUCCUUUCGCUACUGCCCAUCUCUUCGCAUUUUUCGGAAAUUAAAGCUGCCCCGCGAGGAAAAGGGGAAAUGUAAAAAUAUAAUUCUCUUCAGACGCGAUGAUAACAUUUCUCGGCUCUUCCCUAUUUCGGUCGUAUCGAAAGGAUCGAAAAUCUGUCGAUCUGAUCUUCUAGUCGUGCAUUACGUGACCAACGAUCUCACAACGCUUCAUCAUCGCGCUUAUGGCGGAUCUUUUGCGAUUAGAGAAGCCGACUAUGCCGACAAUUAUUAAGCGACAAUAUCAGAUUAAACUUCUCUGUCUUCCACUAUUCGUAAUGUAUUGUAUACCGUAAAAUGACGCUGGAACGAUAUUUGCAGCGGAGUAACAAAAUCGUCAUCUUGAACUUUUGCGUGGGGCAAAUUAAUCCGCGGAAGCGUGUAAUAUGUCGUAAGUUAACUUUUCCCGAUGUCGAGCGAAACUCAUUCGUCUUUCGUUGGUCGCAAAGUCACCCUCGCAGUGUGACACAGAAAAGUUGUGUCUUACUCUGCCGCAAAUAUUCUUCGAUUUUGACAAAAGUGAUGGCCGAAUGUUGCCGAUUAUUGCGUGGAAAUAAAUUGGGUGUAGUGUAAAAAUAAGUUACAAUAAAGUUUAAUAAUAAUAAUAAUAAUAAUACCACCCGACAAUUAUCUCGCAGCGACAACCGUAAAAACGGCAAGAAGAAUUUCAAGUAACAAUUAUCAAAGCUUCCUUCCUUCACGGAAACAUCAGAGCAAGCAAAUGAGAGGAAUGCUUGGUGAAGUUUUUUCGAUCGAUGAGGCACACAAAGAAUCGAUUGUAAAAAUCUUCAUAAGUUAAUUCACCCACCUUUAUGCAU